AUGGUGGAGGUUGAGCAGGGGAGGGGGAAGAACCGUGGGCCUCGCCCAAAGCUAGAGCCAGAGAGGAGGGCCACAGGCCAGGAGGCCACAGCACAGGGUGCCAUAUCACUACAACUCUAUACUACCAGCCACACGUACUGCCUUCAGGGUACUGAGAUCAGGUUGUCAGACUACUGCCUUCAGGGUACUGAGAUCAGGUUGUCAGACUACUGCCUUCAGGGUACUGAGAUCAGGUUGACAGACUACUGCCUUCAGGGUACUGAGAUCAGGUUGUCAGACUACUGCCUUCAGGGUACUGAGAUCAGGUUGUCAGACUACUGCCUUCAGGGUACUGAGAUCAGGUUGUCAGACUACUGCCUUCAGGGUACUGAGAUCAGGUUGUCAGACUACUGCCUUCAGGGUACUGAGAUCAGGUUGUCAGACUACUGCCUUCAGGGUACUGAGAUCAGGUUGUCAGACUACUGCCUUCAGGGUACUGAGAUCAGGUUGUCAGACUACUGCCUUCAGGGUACUGAGAUCAGGUUGUCAGACUACUGCCUCAGGUUGUCAGACUACUGGGGUACUGAGAUCAGGUUGUCAGACUACUGCCUUCAGGGUACUGAGAUCAGGUUGUCAGACUACUGCCUUCAGGGUACUGAGAUCAGGUUGUCAGACUACUGCCUUCAGGAUCACUGCCUUCAGGGUACUGAGAUCAGGUUGUCAGACUACUGCCUUCAGGGUACUGAGAUCAGGUUGUCAGACUACUGCCUUCAGGGUACUGAGAUCAGGUUGUCAGACUACUGCCUUCAGGGUACUGAGAUCAGGUUGUCAGACUACUGCCUUCAGGGUACUGAGAUCAGGUUGUCAGACUACUGCCUUCAGGGUACUGAGAUCAGGUUGUCAGACUACUGCCUUCAGGGUACUGAGAUCAGGUUGUCAGACUACUGCCUUCAGGGUACUGAGAUCAGGUUGUCAGACUACUGCCUUCAGGGUACUGAGAUCAGGUUGUCAGACUACUGCCUUCGGGGUACUGAGAUCAGGUUGUCAGACUACUGCCUUCAGGGUACUGAGAUCAGGUUGUCAGACUACUGCCUUCUGGGUACUGAGAUCAGGUUGUCAGACUACUGCCUUCAGGGUACUGAGAUCAGGUUGUCAGACUACUGCCUUCAGGGUACUGAGAUCAGGUUGUCAGACUACUGCCUUCAGGGUACUGAGAUCAGGUUGUCAGACUACUGCCUUCAGGGUACUGAGAUCAGGUUGUCAGACGACUGCCUUCAGGGUACUGAGAUCAGGUUGUCAGACGACUGCCUUCAGGGUACUGAGAUCAGGUUGUCAGACGACUGCCUUCAGGGUACUGAGAUCAGGUUGUCAGACGACUGCCUUCAGGGUACUGAGAUCAGGUUGUCAGACUACUGCCUUCUGGGUACUGAGAUCAGGUUGUCAGACUUGGCACAGAGACAGGUAUGGAGAUAUGUGGGUUUCCCUGACCUGUUCUGUCCUGUCUUAUCCUGUUCUGUCCUGCCUUAUCCUGUCCUGUUCUGUCCUGCCUUAUCCUGUCCUGUUCUGUCCUGCCUUAUCCUGACCUGUUCUGUCCUGUCUUAUCCUGUUCUGUCCUGCCUUAUCCUGUCCUGUUCUGUCCUGCCUUAUCCUGUCCUGCCUUAUCAUGUCCUGUUCUGUCCUGCCUUAUCCUGUCCUGUCCUUUUCUGUCCUGCCUUAUCAUGUCCUGUUCUGUCCUGCCUUAUCCUGUCCUGUCCUUUUCUGUCCUGCCUUAUCAUGUCCUGUUCUACCACUGCCUUGGCUCUGAUCCUCACCCUCUCCGAGUUGGGCACUCCGGCGCGGCCCACGCUGAUUGCUCCUACCUGA